AAAAAAAUACGGUAAAAAAAAUUUCUUUUUUAAAUAAAAUGCAGUAAAAAAAAUUUUCUUUUUUUUUUUGUAAGUAAAACGAAUUUUAAAAAUAAACCAAUGGGAACCGAAAUUAAUAAUUUAAAUUGUUUGUAUUGUAAUAAAUUUUUUUAUGAAGAAUUAUGGUGUAGAGAAUGUGACCCACAAAGAUUAAUGCAAGGAUGGACCAGUGGAAAUCCGAUUAUUGAUAAGUGUAUAAAAGAUACUAUGUAUAAAGCAGCAUUGGAUAUGUAUCUUGAAUGGGUACCAUUUGAUAAAUUUACAGAUAUAGAAAAAAUUGGUCAAGGUGGAUUUUCCGAAGUAUAUUCUGCAACAUGGCUUACUGUUAGACCAUUAAUAUUUUAUUAUGGUAAAACUUUUAAGGUCGUUUUGAAAAAGUUAAAUGGAUCACGGAACAUAUCAGAUAGAUAUAUAACCGAACUUUUUUUACAUUGGAACUUAUAUAAACAUACUGGUUUACGUUUUUUUGGAUUAACAAAAGACCCGGAAACUAAUGAUUUUAUGAUGAUUAUGCAAUAUGCCGAAUAUGGAAGUUUGAAACAACAUCUUUCAAAUAAUUUUAAUAAUAUUUUAUGGAAAGAUAAAGUUGAAAUAUUAUUUUUUAUGUCACUUAGGUUGGGCUGUGUACAUGAUUUAGGAUAUUUUCAUAAAGAUUUACAUAGUGGAAAUGUCCUACAAUAUAAUGAAUCUGGGAUACGACUUCCUAAGGCUUCUAUUUCAGACUUUGGAUUAUGUGGACCAGCAAACGAACAGAACCCAGAUAAUAAAGUAUAUGGAGUAUUGCCAUAUGUUGCUCCAGAAGUCUUGAACAAAGAACCAUUUACAACAUCUGCCGAUGUUUACAGUUUUGGCGUAAUUAUGGCUGAAUUAUCCUCCGGAAAACCACCUUUUCACAAUAAAAGACAUGAUUUUAAUUUAGCGUUAGCCAUAUGUGAUGGACAUAGGCCAGAGUUUGGAAGAGGAACUCCUGAAUUUUAUAAAAAAUUAGCUUAUAAAUGUAUGAAUGCUAAUCCAAAUGAAAGACCAACAACUCAAGAAUUAUUUGAUAUAAUUAAUAUUUGGCGUUAUUCUAUGAGUACUAAUAGGUUAUAUUAUGGUCGUGAGUUUGAAAAAUUUGAUAAUAUAAAAGAAGUACUUAAAGCAGAUUUUGAAAAAGCUAAUGAAGAAAUACCAAACAUUUCAACUUCAUUUGAAACGGAUCCUGAUGCUGUUUAUACAAGUAGAGAAUUAACAUUUGACAAUCCUUUACCAAGGCCUGUUAAUUCGUCAAUUAUUACUUCUUAUAUUAAUAAUGAUAAAAUUCGCGGCUCUCAAAUGUUGGAAUUAUCUAUAACUCAACAAAUUUAAGUGAUGAUAGAAUUGAUGAUAAAAAUUAAGUGGAAUGAUUCAAUGAAUUGAAUAUUCAGAUUUUAUUCUAUAAUUUUUCUUAUUUUUAUAUUUAUUUUAUUUUAUUUUAUUUCUCUUAUCUUUAUUAUUUUAAAAAUUUCAAUUUAAUUGUAACAAUGAUUAUUUUAUAAUAAAUAUUUGGC